AUGUCUCCCUCCAGAGCCUUGAACGAGGCUGCCCUCGAGCACUUCAUCUACAUGCCCGUCAGCACUUCGAUGGUUGCGUAUCUUGCCCAAAAGGCACAAGAAGUUAUCCAGUGCGAACCCACAACCCAUCAAUCGAGUCGACUUCCUCCUUCACCACCGCAAACACCUCCACACGACUCUUCAGAACCUCAAACUAACCUACCUUCUCUUGAACGCUUCAUUAGCUCGCUGGUACGGAAGUCAAAUGUUCAAGUACCGACUCUGAUGACGACUUUGGUCUACCUCGAGCGAUUGAAGCAACGAUUACCUCCUGUUGCCAAGGGCUUGAGGUGCACUGUCCACAGAAUCUUCCUCGCAGCUUUGAUCCUUUCCGCAAAAUUCCUCAAUGACUCCUCGCCAAAGAACAAGCACUGGGCUGAGUACUCGAAUGUUCGAGGUUACGAACCAUUUGGCUUUUCAAGGACCGAGGUCAAUCUGAUGGAGAAGCAACUCCUGUUCCUCCUCGAUUGGGAUCUCAACAUUAGCGAAGACGAUCUCUACACCCACCUCGACCCCUUCCUAGCACCCAUCCGACAGGAGAUCGAGCAAGCAGAGCAAGCAGCACGAGAGGCGGAGGCCAGAAAGCGGGCGCAAAAGGAGCAAAGACAAUUGUUGGCGGACGAAGCUCGUCGGAUCCAAUACGACGCUGCUCAACAAUACUGGAUGCCGGCCUAUCAAGAGAAGCACCUGGCAUACGACGGUCACUAUCUCGAAGCAUCAAGGCAACGAUACGACUCCCCGCCUGCCUCCACAGAUGUCCCUGGCCUAGCACGCAGCGGCACUGGCGACACCCUUUCCACUGUCUCCUCGUCAGCAUCAUCCUACAUCUCUUCGAUUUCAAGGACUGGCACCCCAGAGUCAAGUCUCGGCAGCUACGUGGAGGAAUUGGAGAACAGCUGCAACCGGGUACCAGCACCAUAUCUCGAUAGCCCCACGCACGCCGGCCGAGAUAUCGUCCAUGUCCAGAUCGCUGGUCAACAUUCUGGCAAGCACGGCAUGCUACCCUACGAGAUCGAGCGGGAAGUCAUCGAAGAAAAGCCCGCGAAGAAAGCACGCUUGGGCGGCAACCUCUUCUCACGGUUCUUGGGCGGACAACGAAAUUUAAGCCAUCAUGUCUAA